CCAUGCCUUGUACAAGACUAAACCGCACGAGAUGGGGCCUACACAACGUUGCCGCCUGAUGUUGUCGUCUGAGUGUUGCUGCUUCAAGGCUUCGACGCGCCAGCAACGCCCUCGAGAAACAAAGCAACUGCACUUUGACACUGUGUCUGCGCAGGUGUGUCCGUGUUUAAUCUGUACAGUAUCACUGUGGUGGUUGGCACAACCUAAUCCAUCUGCGCGGAGCUUUUCACCCAAACACCGUGAUCGGGCAUGUCAUAGACAACUUGUGCCGCAAGGAUAUGUGCCUCUCAGGCCGUUCCCGCCGACCUUCAGGGUUCUGUCCUAGGAAUAUGCUCGACAGGACCAAGGCGAACUCUAUCGCGAAAUUCUAGACAACGUAUGAACGCGGGCUAAUUUCGCCGUGACAGCCGCCUCGUAUCGUUCAAAAGCAAGCACCGCCAAAACGAACCGCAGGGGAAACUUCGACCUGCCAUGCACACCUUGUGGACCCUGACCACCGUCCUCCCCUUCGAGGCUGCCGCCGCCGGACGUGACGCCCUCCAGAGCCGGGCAAGCUCGGGCACAUACACGCUCGCCAAAGAAUACUCCGGCUCGAGCUUCUUCGAUGGAUGGGACUGGUUUGGCGCUCCAGACCUACUGCAAAACGGUGAUGUCAACUGGGUCACCGAGGCGCAGGCGACCGCGGAGCAGCUCGCGUACUACGUCAAUGCCGCGGGGAACGCAAUCAUCAAGGUGGACAACACGACCUACGUCCAGGCUAACCAAAAGCGAGACACGGUCCGCAUCACGAGCCAGGACGACUUCCCCAUCGGAAGCGUCUUCGUGCUGGACGCCACGCACCUGCCAUACGGCUGCUCCGUCUGGCCGAGCUUCUGGACGACCGAAGCGGGCGUGACCUGGCCUUCCGGCGGUGAGAUCGACAUCAUCGAGACCGUGAACCGGAUGGCGGCGAACCAGUACGCGCUGCACACCGGCGGCACUGACAGGUGCUUCGGGGUCAACGACACGAGCGUGCAGACGGGCACGCUGACGAACGCGAACUGCACCUCGUCGGCGGCGAGUGAUAACGGGUGUUCUGUCCUUGAUACUAGCGGGGAUAGCGCGGGUGAAGCCUUCGCUGCUGCCGGAGGAGGGGUCUACGCUGCGCAGUUCGAUCCGUCUGGUAUCUUCAUAUGGUUUUGGAGUCGCGCGAACAUCCCCUCUUCCGUAUCCUCCGCGACAAACUCAAUUGAUACCUCCGACUGGGGUACUCCCUCGGCGGCAUUCCCCUCCUCGUCCUGCGACAUCUCAGAGAAGUUCGGCCCUCAAUCCCUCGUGCUCGACAUCACCCUCUGCGGGAACUGGGCCGGCGAGCCAUCGGUGUACAACGAAACAUGCCCCACCAGCGGCACGCUGGACGCCAACAGCUGCUACCAAAACAGCGUGGUAUUCAACGGGACGUCCGACUACACCUUCGCGUACUUCGAGAUCCAGUACAUCAAGGCGUUCACGUCCGACGGCCAGUUCAACGUCUCCGUGUCGGCGUCCUCCUCGGCGGCGGCGGCGACCGGCACUGGCGGUGCGCCGGCGUCGCAGGGCGCGGCCUCCAGUGCGGUGGCGACGCGGCGUGCGGAGGUCGGGGUGUUGGUCGGCGCCGCUUUCGUGCUCGUGGGAUGGACGGCGGUGUAGUGAAUGAUACCCUCUCACUCGUUUCUCGGCUUCUCAUCUUCAGGGUCCUCUUGUGAAUUGGUUACAAGGGCCGAGGGGCUCGGUGGGUAAUGGAAAAUGGUCGUCCUGGACACUUACAGCCAUAUGGAUUCAUGAUUGCGAGUACUUGUGCACGUCUACGCUAUGACUGCACUCAAUCCAUA